CCCUCCCUCGUCCGCAAAACCCUAAAACCCCUCGUCCCUCCUAUUCCCCUCUCCCCAACCUCAGCGCCGAAGCCAAAAUGGCCAUCGUCUCCUCCUCCCUCCGCCACCGGUCCCUCGUCCUCCUCCGCCACUUCCGCCCCUUCUCCACCACCACUACCACCACCACCACCUCAUCCUCUUCCUCCGGUCCUCCCAUCUCCGUCUCCGUCGCCAAGUCCCGCCUCCGCAAGGAGUUCGACCCCGACCGCGCCGUCUCCAUCCUAUCCUCCGUCGCCGACCCCUCCGCGUCCCCUGUCUCCGCCCGCUUCGCCGUCGACCUCGCCGUCCGCCGCCUCGCCCGCGCCCGCCGCUUCGCCGACGUCGAAGCCCUCCUCGAGUCCCGCAAGUCCGCCCCCCACGCGGCCAACGAGCCCUUUCUCGCUACCGUCAUCCUCUCUUACGGCGCCGCUGGCAUGAUCGACCACGCCAUCCGCACCUUCGACGAUGUCCCCCGCCUCACCGCUGCCCCCCACUCCCCGGUCUCCUUCAACGCCCUCCUCUCCGCCUGCAUUCGGUCCAAGCAGCAUCGCCGCGUCCCGCAUCUCUUCGCCGACAUCUCCAAGAAGCACGGUAUCACCCCCGACGCCGUCUCCUAUGGCGUCCUCAUCAAGGCCCUAUGCCUCUCCGGCAAGUCCGGCAAAGCCUUCGAAACCCUCAAGGAGAUUGUGGAGGAGAAGAAGCUCGAGCCGACCACUGUAAUCUACACCACUCUUCUGGAUUCACUCUACAAGGAAGGGAAGCCAGAGGCGGCCGAGGAGCUGUGGAAGGAAAUGGUGGGGAGGGGAUGCUUUCCUGAUUUGACUGCUUAUAAUGUUAGAGUCAUGUAUCGAGCGAUGAACGGGAAGCCAGAGGAGGUUCUUGAGCUGAUUCAGGAGAUGGAGUCUGCUGGAGUGAAGCCAGACACCAUCACGUAUAAUUAUCUCAUUACUUGCUAUUGUAAUGAUGGGCAGCUUGAGGAAGCUAAGAAGGUUUACAAGGGUCUCAGGAAGAAGGGUUGUGUUCCGAAUGCCACGACUUUUAAGAUUUUGUUGGCUCGAUCAUGUGCUAUGGGGAUAUUGAGGCAGGCCCUGGAGGUUUUCAAGGAUAGCAUGAAGCAGAAUAAGGUUCCAGAUUUCCGAACAGUGAGGCUCUUGGUGGAGGGGUUGGCGAAGGGGUCGAAGGUGGAGGAGGCAAAGGUGGUGAUUGAUGGGGUGAGGAAGAGGUUCCCGGAGAAUUUAGUGCGCGGAUGGACAAAGGUCGAGAAGUUGCUCGGUUUGAGUCAAGAUGGAGAAGUAUCUGAGCAAGUAGAAGCUGCUUAGAGAAUUCAAAAUGGCAGGGUAUCUUAUUGACUUAUCUCUCUUGGUGGACUUAGAUUGUCCAUUGGCCAGUUGGGUUGGAUCGGUAACAUCUGCUUUGAGAAGAGAAACAAUGACUAUCAGCUAUACUGGUAAGGCCGUGGAAUCAUGCAGAAACAUCUACAUGGGCCAUGAGUGGUCUCAUAUGGCCUGCAGCAUUGUGGAAUCCUGUUCAGUAGCUUGCAAGAGGUACAAAUUACUCAUUUUUAUGGGGAGGUCAACCGACCAGCAAAUUGGCUGGUUAGUCAUGCAAAACAGAACUUCCUCCUUUUUUAAUAAAUAUAUCUUGAUGGUUUUCCUAAUUAUUCAGGAGUCUAGCUCUUGUUAAUAUUUCAGCUUUGUGCUAUUGUAGUAUGUAAGCCUGAACUGUCUAGUACACCAAAAAAUUGGACGAAAAGAAAUGUAUGGAAUUGCAGUCAUUGUUUCCUUCCAACUUUUCAGAUGUAAUUUAUACUGAAAACACCAGAUUCAGAAGUGGGGAACAAAGUUUGAGUUUUGAAAGGAAAGGCUACAUGCAAAUUGAAGGACUCUUGUGUUUUUUCUAUUGCAUCGACUGAUUUCUUGUACUUGUGAGGCCCCCUCAUCUUAAGCCAAAUACAUGCAGCUGCAGCCAUAUGCUUGUUUAAAACAGAAUUAGAUUCCGACGUAGCUGUGAUUUUAAAUCAUUCAGCAUUAGAUGGGGUUCAUCAUGAUGCUAAUGUAUAUCCCAUGCCUUCUUUUCUGCAGUCUUACUGAGAGAAAUUGCAUCAUGGAUUAGUAACAUUAGCUGUAAGUAAAUUCUCUUUUUUUUUUUGAAAAAAAAACUAAGGUCCACAAUUUUGGUAUCGGGUAU